GUUCGACGCCCAUCGUCUGCUUUCUUCCCACUUACAGCCGCUAACAUGGCAUCCAAGGACCAAGUCAACUUCAACGAGCCACACGCGCCAGCUGAGAACGCCCUCGAGGCCUUUGGCGCCGUCGAAGAUAAGAUCAAGGCGGCGAUUAUUGAGUUGCGUCACCACUGGGACAAGCACGAGCCGCGUAUGUGGUCUCGCGCGAAGGGCGUGUCAGAUAGCGACUUGGUCAACUUCAAUCUCAAGGAUGACCUCGUUUUGGUCAGUAGCGGCCCGACAACAUACGGAACCAUCAUCCUAGGGAAGAUUCGUCUCCCUGCUAUCAAGGACGACCUAGGAGAAGGCUUUGUUCACGUUCGUAUUCACGACCCUCCUAAUCGGGGUACCGAAGACAUUAUAUUCCAUUCCCUAUGGACGGACGAAGUUCGUCCGGAUCCCGAGGCCCCGCCCACGGAAUACCACGCGAUUCAGACGGCCGACAAGCCUCUGGAGUUCUUCAACGAGUGAUCAACACAUGUAUAAUAGUGCCGCUGACAAGGCCGCUUCGAGAUCGGAAUGUACAACACUACUAUUGAUGAUAGACUAUGCCCUCAUACUGCACAUCUUCUGCC